UUUAUCAUAAAAUACCUCCUCAUUCACUAAAUAUUUAUCUCUCCUACUUGGGGUGAACAAUCCCCUAACACACUCAUACAAACAAAUCUACUUUUAAACGUUCUGUCUCUCGAGCAUCCGCUUGGUGUUUGUAGCUUUAGCCUGCUAGCACCGCUGGUCAGCUAAAGCUACCAACCUCUUUCACUCAUUUAUUUUCUCACUUUCUGGCUUUGCUCUUCACCUUGUACAAUGUCGCUUGCGUGUCUGUCCUUGAGUGCAGGAGAGGCAUCGAUGGAGGCGCUGGAGCUGGAGCUGGAAGCGGUGGAGUCCCAGAUUCGCUCGCUGGAGACGAAGCGAGAGGGCAUCAGGGCUCUGCUCUUAACCCGUACUCGCUCGUCUGAGGUAAGUGUCCGAUACAACGACAAUCUCCCAGUUUCUUCAACCCCGCGUGUUUCUCUGUCCAGGCCCAGCGCACCGAGGACGCGGUGCACCCAGGCGUCGUUCACGCCGACUCCCGGCUACCACGGCCCCUGGGUGCAACCGCGUAAGGAGCUUGCCAGGUCCCGGGGCAGAACGUCUCCUCCUCCGGUGUUCGAGAUCCCCACGGAGAACCGCUUCGCCCCUCUCCGCGAGACGGGUCGCGAUGUUGCCAUCAUUGGCGACUCAAUCGUCCGCCACGUCCGCUCCACUUCCUCCAAAGGUAACAAAGUACGCACUUUCUGCUUCCCUGGUGCCCGAGUUAAGAAUAUUUCUGCACAGAUACCUACUAUCCUGAGCGCUGCCGAGAGCCUCGGUGCCGCCGUCCUCCACGUGGGGACGAACGACACCAGGCUCCGGCAGACGGAGAUCCUGAAGAAGGACUUCAGGAGCCUGAUCGAGACGGUUCGACGCACUUCGCCCGCCACGCAGAUCAUCGUUUCUGGACCGCUUCCUACCUACCGCCGAGGAAAUGAAAGGUUCAGUAGACUUUUUGCUCUGAAUGAAUGGCUAUUAACAUGGUGUGAAGAACAGAAAUUGCUCUUUGCCAAUAACUGGAAUCUUUUCUGGGAGCGUCCUAGGCUUUUCCGCGCUGAUGGGCUGCACCCCAGUCGAGCUGGAGCUGAACUCCUGUCGGACAACAUCACCAGAAUACUUCGCUCUAUCUGACUAGCCCUCAGACUAUGCAGAGUCACUGAUUCGAUCCAAGACCAACGACGAGAUGAUCCCAAGGUUUCCAUAUCCUGGACCUGGCCGAAUCCUGAACAACUACUGCGAUGGUCAUGGAAGAGUGGAGAACAUGAGACUGUUUCCUAUGACGCUCCAGAGACAGAUGAGUCUUCGCUGAGGCCAGCUUCCAGCCUCCGCCACUGAGACUGCAGCUCUGCACAAGACGUUUGGCCAGCGGAGAAAUUAAAAUGGUCGUGCCCAACUGAGCCUGGUUUCUCUCAAGGUUUUUUUUUCUUCACUUCCGCCUUUAGUGAAGUUUUUUUUCCCUCUCCGCUGUCGCCACUGGCUUGCAUGGUUCAGGAUCUGUAGAGCUGCGCAUCGUUGGAUUUGCUCUUCA